AUGACCAUCGACUACAGUCAUCCGUUUACUCCCUAUAAAAUCCAGGAGGAUUUGAUGGAUGCUAUCUACGACACCAUAGAAAACAACUAUAAAAUCGGGAUCUUUGAAAGCCCCACAGGUACUGGUAAAACCCUCUCCAUCAUCUGCUCGUCAAUGACAUGGUUGCGAAACUAUAAGCGGAAGCACAAAUACGACGAGGUCAAACAGGAUGAUUCUGACGAAGACGAGCCACAGUGGGUGAAAAAUGACUACACUUCUAAUAUUCUAGAACGCUCUAAAUCCAGAAUAAAAGACUACGAGAAGUAUUUGGACACACUCGAGAACGAGUUGGAACAAAAUGUGCAGACUACUCACAAAUUGAAUGCAAAGUCAAAGAGACCAAAGAUAAAGUCCGAGUACAACGACGAGGAUUUCUUGCCCAAAAAUUAUCAGGAAUCAGAGGAUAUCCAAGACGAAAAUUCGAGGAUCCAAAACGAAAUAAACUCGUUGCUUGGAAAAAUUAAUUCGGACGAUGUUGCCGUGGAAACCGAGGAAUGCCCUAUAAGGAUAUUCUUUACAUCGAGAACUCACUCACAGUUAAACCAAUUUUCCCACCAGUUGCGAUUGACCAAGUUCCACUCCUCGUUUGACGAUGUAACCGAGAGAACAAAAUACCUCCCUUUUGGAUCCAGGAAACAGUUGUGUAUCAAUCCAAAGGUUCGAAAUGUUUCAAAGAAUGACUCAAAUAUUAACGAUGCCUGCAUCGACCUUCAAGGGUCUAAGGAGGGCUGUGAGUACUUACCGAAGGAUUAUUCUAAUUCUUCGUUGAUGACCAGAUUGUCCGAUUUAAGUCUUACCAAAAUCCAUGAUAUCGAAGAGCUUGGUGAUUUAGGACAGCAAACUAAAGUUUGUCCUUAUUACUCCAUCCGAAAAGGAAUCGAAAAGACAGAAAUUAUUUCGUUACCCUAUCAAAUGAUAUUGCAAGAGUCCACUAGACUAAUCUUGAAUUUGGACAUAACUGAUUCGAUAGUGAUCAUUGACGAGGCCCAUAACGUCCUUGAUGUUAUCAAUGCACUCCAUUCUGUGAGCAUCUCAAGAGCAGAAAUAGAACUUAUCAUCAAGUCUUUAAAGACUUACUUGGGGAAGUUCAUCAAACGGUUGAAUAGUGGGAACCGGAUAAACUUGAUGAAAUUAAUUAAACUUUGCCAAUUACUAACAUCUUUUAUCAAUGAAAAAGAAGAAAAUGUCAAGUCAGGAGAACAGAUAGAGUUGGAUGCCUUGUUCCAGGGCACCAAUGCUGAUCUCGUCAACAUUCAUAAAUUGGAAGCAUUCUUGAACGAAACUAAAAUUGCAUACAAAAUUGAAUCUUACUUUGAGAAGACUACAGAGGUAGAGACAAGCAGCUCUAAUCCUUUACUAUUCAAAAUCGUUAAAUUUUUGAAAUGUUUGACAAACCCGUCAAAAGAAGGCAGACUAUUUUGGGAUAAGGGCCCGAAUGGUGUCGUAUCCAUGAACUAUAUGUUAUUGGAUCCAAGUGAAGUAUUCAGGGGUAUAGUGACGAAGGCUCGUUGUGUACUUUUGUGCGGAGGAACGAUGGAACCUAUGUCGGAUUACGUCAAUUAUUUAUUCCCGUACGUUGCUCAAUCCGAAAUCAAGAAGUUCAGCUGUGGUCAUAUUAUUUCAAAAGAGAACUUGAAAGUAUUUCCUAUCACUAGCUACCGAGGAUUGCAGUUUGAUUUCCUGUUUGAGAGAAGACUGAAUGUCAACAUGCUCGAAAACCUCGGUGAAGUGGUAUUGAAGUUGUGCAAAAGCAUUCCUUACGGAGUAGUGGCUUUUUUCCCCAGUUACAAGUACUUGGAUUUCGUCAUUAAGGCCUGGAAGGAUUCUACUACAAAAAUAUAUGAGAGAUUGUCAAAUAUUAAGACAGUCUUUCAAGAACCCAAAGAAACAACUUCCGUUGAAGGGGUAAUAUCAGAAUACUCAGGUUUAAUUCAUAAUAGAGAAGGGGCACUUUUGCUCUCUGUGGUUGGGGGUAAAAUGUCCGAGGGAAUAAAUUUUUCGGACGAUUUGGCAAGAGGAGUGAUAAUGAUAGGAUUGCCAUAUCCGAAUGCAUACUCCGGCGAGAUAAUUGCCAAAAGGAAUUUUAUAGAAAGCCACACUCUCGCACAGGGCGGAUCUAGAAGUGAGGCCACGGAAGCGUCUCGUAAUUUCUACGAGAACAUUUGUAUGAGGGCAGUCAACCAAAGUAUUGGAAGAAGUAUCCGACACAUUAACGACUAUUCCAGUAUAUAUUUGAUUGACUAUCGAUUCGAGAAAGUCCAGAUACAAAAUAAGCUAAGUGGCUGGGUCAAGGAAAGGAUAGAAACCCAACACAAGGAUGUUGACACUCUAGUGCAACAAAUUGAAGAAUACUUCAAUUCCAAAUUGGUAGGCAAGCAAGUUUAG